GGUCUACUUUCCGAUCAGCACUUCUACUGAAAAGCAGCAGCAGCAGCAGCAGCUCAGAGUUCUCAUGGAUCUUUUACGGCAGAACAUCUGGUUGCUGGUGGUGGUUGGGAUGAUUUUCGUGUCCGCGGUUAUCAGCCUCAUCUUCAUCCUCAUCAACAUAUGUAUCUCCAGACGAGGCAAACACAGACUUGCACCACUUCAUAAAAGACCUGAGAACGGAUUGAAGAGCAACACAUAUAAGGAGAGAACCCUUAACUGCAGCACACCUCCUCUGCCUCCGCGGACGCAGUUUCUCCUCGCAGAGGCUCAAAGUUACGAGAACCUUGCCGAAGCUCCUGAAGAUGAGGAAAGUUUGGGUGAUUAUGAAGAGUGCGCGGACCCGCCGCCUGGCUGUGGGAGCACGACUGACGGGGCUGAGCUCUACUGUGAACCAGAUCCAAAUACCGAAUCCGGUCCUGCAGCAGGCGAAAGCUACGAAAACCUGACCGAGGAGCACGAGUACGAGGAGAGCAUCGAUUAUGUGAAGGUUGAUGAUGAACCAGAGACUUUUCUUGCUCCUCCAUCCCAUAAUCCUGCAGAUCUGAAGCUGCGGUCUCAGUUUUCUAUGAGUCAGAACUACAAGAACCCGAAUGAGGAUAAUGAUUAUGAAGAGAGCACCGACCAGCUGGACUAUGUGAAGGUUGAUGAUGAAUCAGAGAACUUUCCUCCUCCUCCAUCCCACAAUCCUGCAGAUCUGAAGCUGCAGCCUCAGUUUUCUGUGAGUCAAAGCUAUGAUAUUCUCACAGAGGAACCGGACUAUGAGGAGAGCAUGGACAAUCAGGUUGACUAUGUGAAAGUGGAUGACGAGGAGAACCCCUUUGCACACCCACCCGACCCGGUAGCAGAAGACUCCAGCUCCGAGGACUACGACGACAUUGGGGAAACGUCAGACGACAAAGAUGAGGACGACUAUGAUGACGUGGCAUGAGACCACACCUGAACAACUUUGACUUUCUUUGUAUAAAUCCUGCUGAGCAGAGGUUUAUUUUAUUCUGAAAAGAGCCGAGAAGCUUAUCGACCAUUAUUCAAUGUCAUGUCAGCAUCAAAUAAUUCAAUUUCUUCUUUAAAUCUUAAUAUUUUCCAACCAAUUUAAAUGACAAACCAGCAACAUUACCUUUGUCUGAAAAGAAAAGCAGCUUUAAUGUUUAUAACGUAGAAAUAAAGAGAAUAUUUCUCCCUAAGCCUUUUAUUUUGAAGACAAAACGGAACCACAAAUGUUUUUUAAUGAGGUUCUGUUGAGUUCUAUAUUCAGAUUGUGUUUAUAUUUUCAGAUUCAGAUUUUCAGAUUU